AUGGAUUUUCUGAUCUUCUAUGCCAUUGCGGCAGGGAGCUUGUUGACAUUGCUUUUUCUCAUCCAGAUCACUCCAUCCUUGCUAAAAGUAUUGGGAUUCUUAUCAUUCACAAUUACAAAGCAUCUGAAAUACCCCUACUUAUGGGGUCGCCAUAAGCUGGUUGCUCCUUGCACCCGAGCUGAUGCCUUGUUAUAUGUCGCCUACACAGUACUGAACGUAUUCUUCAUUGCCUUCAAACUCCCAUCAGCAACAGCAGCGAGAGACCGUGCCGGAACACUUUCAGUCAUAAAUAUUGGAUUUCUCUUCUCAACGCAUCAUCUUGGGUUCCUUGCGACUGCUUUAGGUCUUUCAUUGGCAACGUGCAAACGAAUUCAUCGGGCCGUAGGCUGGAUGACUGGCAUUCUUCUUUUGAUACAUGUGGUAAUGGCCAUUAUUGUGAGACAGAAUGAAUGGAGCCUUGAUCAGAAACGCAAUCUCUUCGCGCUCAUUGGAGCCGUGGCAAUGACGGCAGUUUUACUGUUGUCUCUUCCAGCCAUACGUCGUUUCCUCUACGAACCAUUCCUUCGAUUACACCAAACUCUGGCAGCAGCUUGCCUAUAUUCCACAUGGCGCCAUUUGCCAUCUGACUCUCUACUGCCCCGACUAUACCUUUAUAUUCCUCUUGGCAUAAUGCUACUUGGCUUCCUGAUCGAACUAUCGCUAUUUCUCAUAAGGAAUGGAGUGCUGCCGCCUCGUCCUUACACUCGUGCUUCUAUCAAGUGUGACAUAUUGCAGCAGACGCCUACACAAGACAGAGAGAACACACCGUUGAAAUUCAGAGUGGCACUUCCGAGAUCUCUGGACGUGCAAGCCGGCCAAUACAUAUGUAUCUGGAUACCAGCGGCGAGUCUCUUCUCCUGGACUCAGAUACAUCCGUUCAUGGUAACAUCUUGGUCUCCGGAGAAGCAGGAUGUUCUUGAGCUUUUUGUUCAAUCCAAAAAGGGUCUCACCCAGAAAAUCCGCCAUUGGGCAGCUCUAGAGGGCUAUACGUCCUUGACAGCGUUCAUUAGCGGCCCGUACGGAGUCAGCAAAUCUGUCGACCAGUAUGAAUGUAUCCUAGCAAUCGCGACCGAUUUUGGCAUAGCAGGAGUCAUCUCCUAUCUUAAAAAGCUUCUCUACGGGUAUAAUACCUCCACCUCACAUGUCCGCCGGGUGCAUUUUGUGUGGCAGGUUCAAACACUAGAUAUUGCGGUAGCCGCCCAACCGUUACUUAAUAGUUUACUGAGUGACGAUGUCUUGGAUGAUGGCUAUAUUCUCGAAAUGUCCUUUUACGUCGCAUCAAAUGAGAUGAUAGAGCAUGGCAAGCCUUUCGGCCAGCAUCGCCGAGCAACAGUCUUCAAUGGAACGCCGGAUUACGAGAAAAUAAUUGCACAAGAGGCCUCCGGUCGGAAUAUCAAAAGACUGGCAAACACACAUGAAGAUCGUGGUGAGGUACUUGUACUUGCUUCAUCGACUGUGCAUCUCUCUCAAGAGCCAAAUUAUCUUCCCGCGCCAUGCUUUUCGGACCGGACCACACACCUUAAUCGGUCCACAGAUGGAGAGGGUGGCUUGAUGAAGGAACCGCCCACGUCGAGCACAUGGGAAACUUUGUUGGAUCAACAUGCCUUUUUCCAGCUCGAAAAUGGAAGCCAGCGAAAUGCUCGAUCCCCAGAAGAAGCCAAUUCGCAAUUUACUGAGGUGGGCACAUCGAAUUCACCGAAACAGCCAGUCCUGAUUUCAGCGCGGACGCAUGGGUACGCUGGCUGCAUAAAGAUGAUAUGUGAUAUCACAACUGGCAAAACCUUGACUGAUAGCCAAGCUCGAAACAUCAAGAAUUGUGGCGAUGAUCUGGUAAAAAGUAUGCGAUCAGAGGAAGCGGUUACAAACUUGAAACUUCUUUUGGUCGAAUGUCACCAGCAUGCGUUACUUAGUGUCGACUCAGAUAGCUUCGAUUCUUCACUGACAGCGUGUGUGGCCUAUUUGGGGUAUAUCAAUUCUAUGACUGGUUCGAGUUCGAACUUGAACGAAGUGCGUCGCCGCCUUGCCCAAGUUUGGCUUCAUAUUCAUUUCGAAAACCUGAUCAAUUAUUUGGCGAUUUGUGAAAAGCACGGGUUUCCCAUGAGGCGUAAUGGUCGCUCGAUUUCCACAAUUGCCAGAGAUUCUAUUCUACAGGCCAUCCAUGGCCAUCAAUUCUCUCCACGGAAAACAGAUCGGGAUCUACUGAGUGACCAAUGCCGCUGGGGUGAGCGUUGGUGGAAAGUUGCUACUUGCAUAGGUCUUGGUGUUCUAUUACUAGCCAACGAAGACUUGGCAAAUCAAAUAGGCAAAAGAACGGCAUUCCAGAAUAAAAUGGUAGAUACAUUAGCCAUUUAUAUCUUUAACCGCUACCCAUCUCUUGCUGUUCUCUACCAAUUGUUUGAGCCUUUGGUUGUUGGACUUAUGCUAAGCGGUGAUAAAGCUUGUUCUCGCAAUGAACAGAAUUAUUUCCUAGAAGCACUUAUGGAGAGUGGAACACAUAAGCCAAACAAGCUGGAAAAAUGGCAUUUGCUGAACCCCAAACCCCAAUCUCAGCUUGCGGCUUCUCGUCUGAUCUCAUUACAGAGGCCCCAGGCUAUGACUACCAUCAGAAGAUGCUGA